CCCCUUUCUUUUUCACACACAGAAUGUCAGACAACUGGGACCGCUACUACUCACCGACAUCUGUGGCAGAGAUGCCAGUGUUUUACACUGCACUCGCUGUCAGCCUGACCAAUAUCCCGAUUAUCGGAUAUGCGAUAUACAAUCGUGACUACUUGCCAAUUAAGAGCAAGAACGUGUGGAUUGUGGCCGGGAUUGGGCUUGGCAGCACGAUCUUCAACGUGUCGUUCAACAUCCUCAACGGAAUGAUGGGAUUUGAAGGCGUGCUCGGCUAUUGCCGGUUCUGGACAGCGUGGAUGAUGAGCACACUGGGGCUUGGUUUGUUCCUGAGCCCAAUGAACAUGCGGCUGAUCAUCUACUACCGUGUGUUUGUGACACGGCGGACGCACAGCUACACGCACUUCACCGUGGCCAAGUUCCUAAGGCGGUACUGGCCGUUAUUCGUGCUAUGGAUGCCAGUAGUGGCAUCGAGCAUUGUGGCAUCGGUGCUGCCGGCGCAUAAGACAGUGCAGCUGGUUGUGGAUCACGGACUAAACACCUGCCACAACAACUUUAGUUUCCUGUAUUUUAUCUUUGCCUACUUUGCGGCACAGGUGCUUGUGGCGUGGGGACUGUACUUGCGUAUGCGCAAGAUUGCCAAGGCGUUCAACGAGUUCCGGCUGGCACUGUGGACAUUGCUCAUUUUCACCGCGAUUUUUGUGCUUAAUCUGGCGGUUAUGUUAGCACAGGGCACGGUAUAUCCGUGGGGACGGAUCUUCCUCGCUUUUGCCAACAUGGUGCUCUUCAACUCGUAUUUUUGGACGAUUCUGGGCCCGCCAAUCUACGGGCACAUUUUCAGACGCGAGGCUACGUUGCGGCGGUUCAUGGAUGAUAUGCACGAGGACGGGAUUCUGGCACAGCAAGCCCAUAUUGGAAGCGCACACAAGCAUCUGUAUGGUGUUGAGGAUGGCACCAAUUCGUACGUCAAGCAGUCGGAUCUCGGCACCAGUGCGCAUGCACCGUAUAGCCAGAUGCCUACUGCAGUUAACCCUAUGGAGAGCAGCACCGGUACUGACCAGUACUCGCCGUAUAUGCAGCGCCUGGCAAGUACCAGCACCACUAGCAUCUCCACGGUUGAUGCGGCGGCCCAAAGCCGAGGCCGGCUGAUCCUCUGA